UGCUUCGUGGCGGUGACGGCGGUGCGCUCUAGGACCCAGCGACUCCGGGCUAAGGGCGGGCGUGGGCCUUGGGGGCCGUAGGGGGGCUCUGGCUGCAAGCGCCCAACCCGGCAGGCAGCACUCUCAGCUGCACUAGAGAACGGCACGCAGGGCCCCCAACAGCCUUCCUCAGCGUCACCACAGCCUCCUCACUCCACGACCAUGAGAGCUGCCUGCCUCUUCCUGCUGUUCAUGCCUGCAGGCCUGCUGGCUCAGGGCCAAUAUGACCUGGAUCCUCUGCCCCCGUUCCCGGACCAUGUCCAGUACAACCACUAUGGUGACCAGAUUGACAACGCAGACUACUAUGACUACCAAGAAGUGAGUCCUCGGCCCCCUGAGGAACAGUUCCAGUCCCAGCAGCAAGUCCCACAAGAAGUCAUUCCAGCCCCCACCCCAGACUUGCCAGCUGCAGGGGAUCUGGAGACAGAGCCCACAGAGCCUGGGCCUCUUGACUGCCGUGAGGAACAGUACCCAUGCACCCGCCUCUACUCUAUCCACAAGCCUUGCAAACAGUGUCUCAAUGAGGUCUGCUUCUACAGCCUCCGCCGAGUGUAUGUUGUCAACAAGGAAAUAUGUGUCCGCACGGUCUGUGCCCACGAGGAACUUCUCCGAGCUGACCUGUGCCGGGACAAGUUCUCCAAGUGUGGUGUGAUGGCCGUCAGUGGCCUGUGCCAAUCUGUGGCUGCCUCCUGUGCCAGGAGCUGUGGGGGCUGCUAGGGUGGAGCUGGUGUGGGAUCUGGGCCCUGGACUCAGCUCGGAUCCACUUCAGGCCCUGCCUGACCUGGUGCUUUCUCCCAUCCUGCCCUCCCUUUCACCUUGGACAUCAGGGCACUGCUGCCCUGGGCAGGGUGGUCAUAGCUGCUUGGGCCCCUCCCCAGCCUGUGGCCAUUCCUGAAGUGGGGGCUCCUGACUGUCCUGUCCCCACGCCCUAGUGGGGCUCAUCCAAGGCCUGUUUGUGAGGCCUGGGGUUCUCAAAUGUGCCUUCUCAGUGCCUUGGGGGCAAUCCUCCCUUUCAGUCUCCUCAGGUAGGCUGUACCCCCGACCCAGCAGGUCUGCUUGGAUUUCCUACAUCCCCAGGCAUGGACCACCUCUGUUUUAUACAAAAUAAAAUUUUUACAAAAGA